GUCUCUCUCGGGGCGGUCGCGCCAGCUCCAGACUCCCGCCAGUAGGGAGCGGGGCCGAGCGGCACGGAGGCAGGUCGGCCGCUGGAGGCGAGGUCGGAGCGCGAGCGGCGGGGUGAGGGAACCGGGAGCAGCCGGGAGCCGGGAGCGGGGCCGCCGCGGUGUGGAGAAGCUGCUGCGAGGCGCACGGGAUAUUAGAAAUGGCUACUCCCCAGUCAGUUUUCGUCUUUGCAAUUUGCAUUUUAAUGAUAACAGAAUUAAUCCUAGCCUCAAAAAGCUACUAUGAUAUCUUAGGUGUGCCAAAAUCGGCUUCAGAGAGACAAAUCAAGAAGGCCUUUCACAAAUUAGCCAUGAAGUACCACCCUGACAAAAAUAAGAGCCCUGAUGCUGAAGCAAAAUUCAGAGAGAUUGCAGAAGCAUAUGAAACACUCUCAGAUGCUCAUAGGCGGAAAGAGUAUGAUACAGUUGGACACAGUGCUUUUACUAAUGGCAAAGGACAACAAGGAGGUGGAAGUCCUUUUGAGCAAUCUUUUAACUUCAAUUUUGAUGACUUAUUUAAAGACUUUAAUCUUUUUGGCCAGAACCAAAACACUCGGUCUAAGAAGCAUUUUGAAAAUCACUUCCAGACACGCCAGGAUGGUUCCAAUAGACAAAGGCAUCAUUUCCAAGAGUUUUCUUUUGGAGGUGGAUUGUUUGAUGACAUGUUUGAAGAUAUGGAGAAAAUGUUUUCUUUUAGUGGCUUUGAUACCACCAAUCGACACACAGUACAGACUGAAAAUAGAUUUCAUGGAUCUAGUAAGCACUGCAGGACUGUCACUCAACGAAGAGGAAAUAUGGUUACUACAUACACUGAUUGUUCAGGACAAUAGUUGGUUCUCUUUGUUUCCACUAAGCCCACUUAGUUUAUUCUUUCUCACUAUGUCUGAUGAAAAAACAGUUUUCUGUGAACUAUUUUGACAAAUGCAUGACUUUACUUACAUUAAGCAGUUGGUUAUAGGUAUUCCAUAUAUUAAAUAUUUUUUUUGACAGAUUCAAUCACAUUCAGCUAGUAGACAACUCUGAUUAUUAAUUUUCCUGAUUAGGAAAGGUUCUUUUAAAAGAUCAUUUGCAAGAUUUUUUUUUUCUUUACCUAUCCUUUGACUCACUAAUUUGGCCACACCAAAAAAAAAAAAAAAUUUGCAGGCAAAACUCAAUUUGCCUGACACAUACUUAAAGAUUAAACUUUAAAAGUUACUAUAGAUAUAAAUUGUGUGAACUUGAAUAAUUUUUGCAGUGAACCUCUGCUAACUUAAAAUAGCAUGCCCUGUAGCACCUGUGACUUGGGUUACUAAACGUCUAUGAAACUGUAAUUGAGUCAGUCCGUGAAGGAGACAACAGGCUUUUGGCUAAUUGCCACUGAAUGCUUUAGAAAGUGGUGGUUUAAUUAUCACAAAAAGAUGCCUCUUCUACAGUAGAAUUGGUGUAACAGGAAUGAUUGUAUUGCACGUAGUUAAGCUGAAAAAGUUUAAAACUUAUGAAAUAUUGCCAAGAGAUUGUGUUUGGUCCUGGGCUAAUGAUUUUGUAUGAUCAAAAUCAUAGCUACCUAAAUAUCUUUAUUUUUCAUUUCUUUCUGUUUGUUGACUUUCUAGGUCUUAAUUGUGUUUGGGUUUUUUUUUUUUUUUGGGUGGGUGGGUGUGUGUGGGUGGGUGUGUGGUUUUUUUUCCUUCAGUGUGUGUGUAAUUUCUCUGGCACUUAUCUUUAUCUAGAGAUUGACUAAUACCUCAUUCUUUUUGUAAAAGCAGCCAGUAAUUUCUGUGCAGCCUUAUAUGUGCAAUAUUUUUAAAUCCUAAGAAAUGUGUGCUUUUUUUUUGUUGUUAGAGUUAUUUCUUUAGUUCUGCACUUUUCCAUGUUAUACUCCAUAUGAGUAUUAAUCCUAUGGAUGCAUAUGAAAACUAGUAAUGUCUCAUGCAAUAUUGUGUAUGAGAGAUAUAAAUAUUUACAACCUGGUC